CUUUCAAUCAGCACGAUAUUCAACCCGCAGUUGCAAUGGGAUUAGCAUCCAAACUCGCAGCCGCGCAAGGAGGUGCGCCAGGAGGUGCACCACCGGGAGGAUACGGUGGAUAUCCAGGCGGACCUCCCCCUCCAGGCGGGCCUCCAGGAGCUCAGGGAGGGAAACCAGGUUAUCCGGGUCAGGCGCAGUACCAAGCGUUUCCAGGAAGUGUAAGCGCAUCCCUUCCAUGUCAUUUGCUGUUAGUUCCUUGUUCGCGCGCUGUUGGGCUUGUUGGGCUGCGGUCUUCGCCACCUGUGUUCGUCAUCCUUCGUCCCGGCGCUCCGACUGCUGUGACCGAAACUUCAACGCAAACCACGUUGCGAGAGCGAAGUUACCAAGACGCCACAGUUGGCUACGUAUACUUUUUUUCCGUCCGGGUCAACAACCUGGCUAUGGUCAACCUCCUCCACAGGGCGGCCAGUACGGCGCCCCUCCAGCGGGUCCUCCUGUGAACGCCGGAGUCUACAAGCAGUCGCUCCAGCAGACUGUUCAGGAGCGCGGCUUGCAGGCGUUUUACCCGCCCAACUCGCCGGCGCUUGACAUGCUUGCACAGAAGGCCACGCAGCAAGUCGAUGGCCUCUGCGCGAAAUGGAGAAUACCUCGGGAAGUUGGAGGUGACUUGGUGAAGUUAGGGUUGUACGACAUCGUUCUCUAUAUCGACGAUUCUGGCUCGAUGCAGUUCGAAGAAAACGGCGAGCGCAUCAAGGACCUCCGCCUCAUCCUCGAACGUGUCUCCAGUGCCGCGACUCUCUUCGAUGACGACGGCGUCAGCGUCCGCUUCAUGAACAGCGUUCCACCCCCCCAAGCCACCGACGGCAUCCGAUCCGAACAGCAGGUCGAGAGCCUCAUGCAAUCGGUUCAAUUCAAGGGCCUGACCCCGAUGGGCACCGAGCUGCGUAACAAGGUCAUCGAACCGUUGGUCAUCGCCAAAGCCCGCUCGGGCCAACUCCGCAAACCCGUGCUGGUCAUCGCCGUCACCGACGGCCAGCCCGCGGGCGAGCCUCAGAACGCGGUCUUCGACGCCAUCAAGAAUGCGGCCAGCGAGCUCCAGCGCACCCAGUACGGCCCCGGCGCCGUCGCGUACCAGUUUGCCCAGGUCGGCAACGACCAGGGCGCCACCGCGUUCCUCAGCAAGCUCGACAGCGACCCCAUCGUCGGCGGCAUGAUCGACUGCACCAGUAACUACGAGAACGAGUCCGCCGAGAUGGCGCGCGCGUCGCCGCCCAUCGAUCUCUCCCCCGAAUUGUGGAUCGUCAAGCUCUUGCUGGGCGCGAUCGACCACUCGUACGAUCGGAAAGAUGAGAAGGGCGCCGGUGGACGCCCGCCGGUCCAGCAAGGGGGGUAUGGCGCCCCGCCGGCUGGACAGUACGGUGCUCCUCCUCCUGGGCAAUAUGGCGCCCCUCCAGCGGGACAAUACGGUGCUCCUCAGGGACAACACGGUGCUCCUCAAGGACAAUACGGACAGCCCGGACAGCAGCCUGGAUAUCCUCAGCAAGGUGGCUAUCCUGGACAACAGCCGCAGCAUGGACAGCAGCAUGGCCAACAGCCUGGAUAUCCUCAGCAAGGCGGCUAUCCCGGCCAACAGCCGCAGCAGCAGUAUCCGCAACAGGGUGGAUAUCCUGGACAGGCGGGACAGCAGCCGCCGCAGGGCUAUGGCCGUGGCGGAGCGCCACAGCAGGGCUACCCACCGCAGCAAGGCUAUGGAGGAGCCCCUCAAGCGCCACCAAGGUACUAGUGUAGUUCAACCGCCGUGUCCGCUCUGGACGCUGACGCGUUUCGAAUCUUUGAUGGUGGAUCGGAUGAGUUAUGGGAACGGCUCAGGGACAUUCAUGGACACGAGUAAUGCCUUCAAAGACCGAACUACGGCCGACUCCCGAGGCGGUGACAUAAUUUCGGUGUUGCAAACAUGGGUACUUAGGUAGUUAGCAAUGCAAU